CCCUUUAAGAGCCGCCGCCUCCUUGGACCUUCUGGGGCGGAGCCAGUGACGCAACCACGUAGUAGGAGCCGGGGCGGGGUUCGUGCGCGGUGACGUCAGGCGGACAAUGGCGGCGGCGCUGCGCGGCGGGCUGGCGGCGCGAGCGGGCGCCCCAGCGACAGGCGUCCGCACCCUGGUCCAGACGAGCCGCCCGCCCCGGGGCGCCGACACCGAGGACAACGCGAUCGUGGGCCCUCGCUUCCUGAACCGUAACCCACGCAACCUUGAACGCCUCGCCCUGGCGCGGAAGGACAGGGGCUGGCAGACCACCUGGCCCAGGAGGGACUUCUGGCACCGGCUGUGGUUCCGCCGGAGCCAGCACUACGUCUCGGCCGGAGUGGACGCUCCCGACGGGCGGACGGUGAUCUCGGCCUCCAGCGGCGAGUGGGCUCUGAAGCAGCACCUGGCCUCCCCCCGGGGUGGGGCGGCCGCCCGGAAUGUGGGCCGGGUGCUGGGCCAGCGGUGCCUGCGGGCCGGCCUGGGCUACCUCUCCUUCCACGCUCUCCCCGGCCAGAUGCGCAACGAGACGAUGCAGCUGUUCUGCGCGGCCAUGAAGGAGGCCGGCGUGAUCCUGAGCGAACCCCGCCGCGUGCGCGGGAAGCAGUGAGGCGGCGGGGGGGUUGGAGAGAGAGACCGGGCCGACGGAUCGCGGGGAAGACUCACCUCGGGAGGGGUCUGGUGCCGGACGUGCACAGCAAGAUCCCAGCAUCUCCCCUCCCCCCCCGCCGGGGCUGGGGGGGGUAGGCAACUGAAUCGCGCGCAGCGGGAAAUCCGUCGAACUUGCGGCAGCCGUACCUGGAAAUGAAUCUGUAACUUACAAUGAGUGUGUACGUGUGGAAUUAAACUCGGCAUGA